AUGGGAGAUUUUGGUCAGUCUCUUCUAAAUGUAGAACGGAGCAGAGUGGCGAUGGUGAAGAAGGACGAAGUUCACUCUUAUAAUGAGAGGGAGGAGGAGUAUGUGUCUUUGAAGAAUCUAAUUCCGUCCCGAUAUCCAGUUGGGACUCAAACACCUCAGUUUGAGCAUAAGCCUAAGUCCUCUAAACGGCGAUACGUCAAAGUUAAAGAGCCUCUGUUUGAUCCGGAGACUUCCGCCCGUAUAUCUUGGCGCGAAGUAUCCGUUGAUGACGACCAAGAACAAGAACACGAUCAGUUCAAAUGGAAGCAUGUUUACUCUCAUAUUGGCUCAGCUGAAGAAAAAGAUGGAGCUGUGGCCAUUUGGUUGCAUUCUCUGAACCAGAGAAACUAUCCUGAUCUACGAAGCAAUGAAUGCAAACGGAAUGAAGUCAUUGUCUAUAAGAAGAUUGGUGAAGCCUCUGAAGAAAAUAUCCAUGAAGAGAAAAUUACAGUGAAAGAGAACACUAAUGGCAAUGCAGAGCUUUUCGUUGUCGAUAAGGUGAAUGAUGAAACCUCUGAAGGAACGAUUAUGGAAGAGAGGACUACACUAGAGGAGAAGGCAACAGGAAACGACGGGAGCAUCAUAGCUUUCAGUCCCGAGACAGUCACAGAGCAAGCACGCUUGAUUCCUUCCAGUUUUCAUCAGGAAGUACCGGAUAUGAAACUGUUACUUGCGGCAGAUGAUAAGAUCAAUCGCUUGACCUUAAUAUCAGGGACAAAAGAAACAAUCUCAGUUUACACACUAGUCGGAAAUCCCAAAUGGACAUUCAGAAAAAAUGAAAAUCCCAAAUGGGCUCUUGACAAGAGGAUCAAGAACGUGUCGAUGGAAGGAAGUAUGUUUGAACUCUGGAACGUGGUUGCGUACGAUGGCAAGCGGCUAGUGGUGAGGGAGAUGAAGGAUAUAAUUGAAGGUGUGGUUCAUGUGUACGACAUGGAAGCCAAUAGUUGGAGAGUUUUAUGCUCGACCAAAUGGGUGAACCCAAGCGACAGUGACUUCUAUAAGUUUACACCCUCCAUGGUCCAUGUCGGGGAGGGUGAGAUUAUAGCUUAUAAUGACCGACGCAUCUUAGAUCUAACUGCGAUUAUGGAACUCAUUAAUACAACAAAGUAA